AUGAUAUUGCUGGUUUAUAAUCUUGUCCUGACAUCAAGUUCAGUGAAUCACAGGUUCGUUAAAUUCUUUAUGCAUCAACUACUAUCUGGCCUUGAACACUGUAAUUCAAGAGGUAUAAUGCACAGAGAUAUCAAGGGAUCCAACCUUCUUGUUAGUGAUGAUGGAGCUCUGAAGAUAGCUGAUUUUGGCCUGGAAAAUUUUGUUAGUGUCGGGCACAUUCAACCAUCAACUAGUCGAGUUGUUACUUUAUGGGUUCAGGUUGCUGAUGUGGUUUAUUGGGUCUUUGGUGUUGAAUACCAACUCGCAGAUGGAAGGAAAUGGAGGAAAGAGGUUCAGAUGAUGGCAGUGAUUGCAGGUCAGCUGAAUGAGUUGGCGUUGCUGCAAUAUAGAGAAGGAAUGAAGCUGGUGAUAUGCUGUUGUUGUAGAGAAUGUGCAAGAAGUCGAGCUGAAUUUGCAGAGAAGCUUAUGUGGCCAGAGUAUAAGGAGAAACGAGGGUUUCCGCUACAGAUUAGUGAAAUUCAGUGA